CUCUAGAGAGGAGUCUUCUGCACCUAACCAAACAACCCACCAUCCUACUCACCACCAUGCCUUACAACUGUUGCCUGCCCAGCAUCAGCUGCCGUACCAGCUGCGCUUCUAGGCCCUGCCUGCCUCCCAGCUGCCAUGGCUGCACCCUUCCUGGGGCCUGCAACAUCCCUUCCAAUAUAGGCACCUGUGGCUGGUUCUGUGAAGGCUCCUUCAAUGGCAAUGAGAAGGAGACCAUGCAGUUCCUGAAUGACCGCCUGGCUAACUACCUGGAGAAGGUUCGGCAACUGGAGAGGGAGAAUGCUGAGCUGGAGUCUAGGAUCCGGGAGUGGUGCCAACAGCAGGUCCCCUAUGUGUGUCCAGACUACCAGAACUACUUCAGGAUCAUUGAGGAGCUCCAGCAGAAGAUCUUGUGCACCAAGUCUGAGAACGCCAGGUUGGUGGUACAAAUCGACAAUGCUAAGCUGGCUGCUGAUGACUUCAGGACCAAGUAUGAGACUGAGUUGUCCCUGCGCCAGCUAGUGGAGGCUGACAUCAACAGCCUGCGCAGGAUUCUGGAUAAUCUGACUCUGUGCAAGUCUGAUCUGGAGGCUAAAGUGGAGUCCCUGAAGGAGGAGCUGCUCUGUCUCAAGCAGAACCACGAGCAGGAAGUCAACACCCUGCGAUGCCAGAUUGGGGAGCGUCUCAAUGUGGAAGUGGAUGCUGCUCCAACUGUGGAUCUGAACAGGAUACUGAAUGAGACCCGGUGUCAGUAUGAGACUGUGGUGGAGAACAACCGUAGAGAUGUGGAAGAGUGGUUCACCACUCAGACAGAGGAACUGAACAAGCAGGUGGUUUCCAGCUCUGAACAACUGCAGAACUGCCAGGCUGAGAUCAUUGAGCUGAGACGCACUGUCAAUGCUCUGGAGAUUGAAUUGCAGGCCCAACACAAUCUGAGAGAUUCUCUUGAAAAUACUCUGACAGAAACUGAAGCCCGUUACAGCUCUCAGCUGUCUCAGGUACAGUGUAUGAUCACCAAUGUUGAAGACCAGCUGGCUGAGAUCCGGGGUGAUCUGGAGAGGCAGAACCAAGAGUACCAGGUGCUUCUAGAUGUUAGAGCCCGGCUAGAGUGUGAAAUCGCUACAUACCAGGGUCUGCUGGAGAGUGAGGAUUGCAAACUUCCUUGCAACCCCUGUGCCACAACCAAUGCCUGUGGAAAGCCCAUUGGCCCUUGCCCAAUUAGUAACCCUUGUGGCCCCUGUGGUCCCUGUGCCCCUCGCUCAAGAUGUGGUCCCUGCAAUUCUUUCAUAUGCUAAGGACCCCAGCAUAUCAAGGAAGAGAGAGGAGGAAAGGACCAAGCACUGUCUGACUCUGCUCCAGUACUGUUUCAUCUGAAGACUUCAAAAAUAGAAACUGAUUGCUCCCAGGCUUUCCUAUUAGACAACAAUAUGAAAACUUCCCACCAGUCAAAAAGUACACUUUC